AUGUCGUCGGACGGCGAUGGCUGCAGCGGAGUAUCAAGUGCAAGUUCAUCAAAUGCCGCCGCUACUGCCCUGUUCGCCAACUGCCUGCUGCCAAUAGCUCAUGUAUCCUCUGCGGUUCCCAUGGCCAGCGCCGCCGCGACUUGUUAUUAUUCUGUUGUGUCGUUGGAGGAACAACUCCUUCUCUACAGGCUGCACCGCCGUAAUUUUCAGCAUAUCACUUUCGGGGAGAUGUUGUGUCUCACAGAUGACGACGAGUGA